AUGGAGGUUCCAAAGGAACAGAUCGCGACUCUAAUGGAGCAUGGGCUCUACGAUUCCGCUGAAAUGCUCGGAAGCUUUCUCGUUUCCUCUUCUACUGUAAGCGCCGAGACUAGUCCUCAUCUCAAGGCGGAGAAUUUGGUUAAGCUUCUUUCUCCUUUCGAUGUUUUAAUUUCAGUAGCUAACUUCAUUCUACUGGGCGAUGCUUUAUUUCACCAGAGAGAGUACCGGAGAGCUAUUCAUACGUACAAGCAAGCGUUGCAUCAUUGUACAAGGAUUCCGAAGCAAAACUCCAGUAUUUCGAGGAGUUCGUUAUCUUUAUCCACCAGAUUAUCUGUGAAUGCCUCUGGCGUUUCUGGUAUUAAUGAGAACGAGGUCAAAUUCAAGAUUGCUUCAUCUCACUUUGCUCUUAACGAAACGAAAGCAGCUAUUGCUGAGAUGGAAUCUGUCAAGACCAGGAGCUUGGAGAUGAAUAUACUGAUGGCAAAGCUUCAUCGAAAUUCUGGAUAUAAUCGUGGUGCUAUUACUUUUUAUAAAGAGUGUUUGAGGCAGUGUCCUUAUGUACUCGAAGCUGUCAUAGGUUUAGCUGAGCUUGGAGUCACUGCGAAGGAUAUCAUCUCAUCUUUUACUCAGACCCCAAAUAGAAGUGCAAAGGUUUCACUCGAUCAGAUAGAUCCUACCCGGUGGUUGCAGCGUUAUGUUGAGGCCCAGUGUUGUGUUGCUUCACAUGCUUAUAAAGGGGCGCUGGAACUCUUUGCUGAACUUUUACAAAGAUUUCCAAAUAACGUACAUUUGCUGACUGAGACAGCAAAGGUCGAAGCCAUUAUUGGGAAAAAUGAUGAGGCCAUAAUGAGAUUUGAGAAGGUUCGAUCAAUUGAUCCUUACACACUAACCUGUAUGGAUGAGUAUGCGAUGCUGCUACAGAUAAAGUGUGAUUAUUCCAGGCUAAAUAAGCUCGUCCACGAUUUGUUAAGUAUUGAUCAUACCAGAGCAGAAGUAUUUGUUGCUUUGGCUGUACUAUGGGAAAGGAAAGAUGCAAGAACUGGAUUAUCUUAUGCUGAGAAGAGUAUCAGAGUAGACGAGAGGCACAUACCCGGCUACAUAAUGAAGGGAAAUCUUCUUUUACUAGCAAAACGACCAGAAGCUGCAGCGCUCGCCUUCAGGGCUGCCCAGAAUUUGAGGUCUGAUCUUCGUUCAUAUCAAGGCUUAGUCCAUUCUUAUCUGGCAUUUGGUAAAACCAAAGAAGCAUUGUAUACCGCCAGAGAAGCAAUGAAUGCAAUGCCUCAGUCCGCAAAGGCUCUGAAAUUAGUUGGUGAUGUUCAUGCUAAUACAUCAAGUGGCAGGGAAAAGGCAAAAAAGUUUUAUGAGUCAUCACUGAGGCUUGAACCUGGGUACCUAGGAGCUGCCUUAGCACUAGCUGAUCUCCAUCUGAUGGAAGGGAGGAACGGAGAUGCUAUAUCACUACUUGAAAGAUAUCUCAAAGAUUGGGCUGAUGAUUCUCUCCACGUGAAGCUAGCUCAAGUGUUUGCUGCAGCGAAUAUGCUACAAGAUGCUUUAUCACACUUUCAAGCUGCAUUAAGAAUAAAUCCACAGAGUGAAGCAGCCAAAAAGGGACUAGAUCGCUUGGAGAAACAAAUGAAGGGAAUAGACCCAGAUGCAGCUGAUGAGAAUGACGAGAACGAUGUUGAAGAUGUUGAUGGAGAUACUGAAGAAGCUGAGCUCAUGUGA